AUGAAGUACAUCCUGAUAUCCAUCGUCACCACAAUACUGCACUUUUGGUUCGACAAACCCUUGAAUAUCCAUGUGACUGGCAACCAUAUACUUCCACUACUGGCAGAUCCCGUCAUGGAUCGCAUCACUGACAGUCUAUCGCUGUUGGUCAACGUCUUUCCUACGAGCAGUACGAGCGAAAGCCUAAUCGACCGCAUCUACUAUCUUUACGUUGACGACAUCGAAGAGCUGGACCCGAAGAAACAGACCCUGAUUUGGAUUUUCGCCAACAUGUGCUUCGUCUUCGUCUCAGUAUACGUGGCCUUGCUGGCUGCCCGCCUCACAUGGACAAGUAUUGCCAAACCUGCAGCGGAAGUGUGGACGUGGUUUCGAGGGCGCCUCCGUCGGAUCGUGGCAGCCCGAACCGCGGCCACGCGGGGCUGGGCACGUACCAAAGUUGCCGAAGGGACAAAGAGUAUCUUGUGGGGAUCUCGGACUCUGGCUCAAAAUCUUCCGCCCUGGCUCUGGUACUGCCCUAUCGCCAAUAUAUUUCGACGACGCGCGGCCGAAUUCUCCUACGUCAUACACAAGAUCCCGGAGGCACAGCUCUGCAUUUUCAUCCUGGCACUCGGCUUGCAAGUGACAGAAUGCAUCGUAAUGAUGCUCGCAUAUCUGGUUCGAGGAACCUGGCUUUAUUGCAGCUGGAUUUGCGAACUUGCUCGGUCUCUACAAGAAGGAUCCAUCCGAUAUACUCUGGGUCCCAAAAGACACACGGCUAUUGCUCUUGGAAUCAUCUUGUACCACUGUUUCGCGCGCUUCGUGGACCCUGACCACGCGUCGCUCUUCUGGAAAGUUCCCGAGAUGAUUCUCGUCAUGGUGGUGCUCGCCUUGUACCUUUUGACCAUUUGUGGCCCGUACCGGCUUUUGGGAAUAACACCGCUGGAAAUGCAGGUCAGGCAGCACGCCCUAGCGUUUGAGGACUUGAUCCGGCGCCACGGCCUGCACAUGGUUUUGCGCAUCCUCAACAGUAUGGAUCCUCGGGCAGAGUGCAUCCUGAUGGCGGAGCUGUCGAGUGUGGACAGAUUACCGCAUUGCCCGCCGGGAUACCCCACUCAUUUGUCAGCCGUCGACUGGGAGGAAACGAUUGCGUACAAGCUGGGAUUAGCGGCUGCAAGGGAGUAUGGUUCUCUUCAUCCAAUCAUGACGAUUGAUGCCUGGACCAGGGACGACCGCAAAUUCGGUGGGCGGGAGGACCACACGGUUGUUGCUGAUGAAGACCCCGAAGGCCUAUAUGCUCCCCCAACGCCUCCAUUACAAGAAUAA